AUGGGUCCAAAAAAAGAAGCUCCAGCUCCAGCAGCAAAAAAGAAAGAUACUCCAGCUACUGCUGCAGCAACAGCAACAGCUAGUGCCAAAAAAACGACAAAACCUGCAGGUAGUGCUACAACAACAGCUGCUACUAAAGUCGUUACCAAAGAACGUAAAGAAAAGGUUAAAUCAACAGCACUUAAAGCUAAACAACGGGUUGCUCGUGGAAAUCAAUUGACACGUAAUCGUAAAGUUUAUUCAAAACCAACAUUUCGUCGUCCACAUACACUUCGAUUACAACGUUCACCAAAAUAUCCACGACGGUCUGUACCAAAACGAAAUCGUCUUGAUCAUUUUGCCAUCAUUAAACAUCCAUUAACAACUGAAUCGGCAAUGAAAAAAAUCGAAGAUAACAAUACAUUAGUAUUUAUUGUUAGUAUUCGUGCUAAUAAACCCAUGAUUAAAGCAGCCGUCAAAAAAAUGUAUGAUGUUGAUGCCGAAAAAAUCAAUACAUUAAUUCGACCUGAUGGUGAAAAGAAAGCUUAUGUUAGACUUAAGGCUGAUCAUGAUGCACUUGAUGUUGCUAAUCGUAUUGGUAUUAUUUAA